GUUUCUGUGCUCUUUAUUUAGAGUUAUUUUUUAUUUUGUUCUUUAUUUUGUUCAGUAUUUUCUUACUUUUAUCAUGUUAAGUCUCUUUAUGUAUAUACUGGAGGUAAAAAAAGAGUUACUCGUAGGGUUUUCGUUGUCGGUUUUGUACAUAACCUAUUAUCUUGUGGAAGUUGUGAAGAAGCCGUUGUUGGUGUGCGGUGAAGUCGAGUUCCGUGAGUUCCUGCAAGAGAAUGUGCCUUUACUCGGCGAGCGCUACUGGCCGACGCCGUGGUGCGUCGAGUCGCGACUACAGACAGUGCUCGGUUCUCUCCUGCGCUCCUCUCUCUGGCCGCCUGUGGUGUAUAGGCGGGAGGUGCUGGUGUUAUCCGACGGCGGUCAGGUAGCGCUCGACUGGGUGGAGCCGGAGGCGUGGGAGGUGCAGGAGCCUCGCGCCGUGCUGCUUGUGCUGCCCGGGCUCACCGGCAGCGUGCACGCUGACUAUGUGCGCUGCUUGGCGGCGGCAGCGCGCAAACUUUCCGCGCGUUGUGUCGUUUUCAACAACCGCGGUCUUGGCGGCCUGCCCCUUACGACCCCGCGGCUGUACUGUGCGGUGAGUCACGAUGACCUCGCGGAGGUGGUGCGGGCGGUGCGCUCGCGCUGCGGCGAUGCGCCGCUGCUGGCGGCCGGCGUAUCUCUGGGCGGGUUGAUCCUGGGCCACUAUCUGGCAGCGCAGGGUGACCGUUCGCUUGUCCAUGGCGCGUUGGUAGUGUCCUCACCGCUGGACGUGGUGAAGGGCUCGGAGUACAUGGAACGUGUAACGCUGAACGCGCCGCUGUCGUAUCAUAUGGCGCGAAAUCUGCGCAAUACCGUGCGUGCUCAUGCUCCCCUGCGUGCCCUAGCUUGCGACUGGGGCGGCGUGGACCGCGCGCGUUCUGUGCGCCAGUUCGACGCGGCGUUCACGGCUCAACAUUUUGGUUUCGGGUCUGUAGAGGCGUACUACCGCGCCGCCACGCUGCGUGACAAGUUGGAGCGCGUGCGCGUGCCACUGCUGUGCCUGUGCGCUGCGGACGACCCUUUCCAGCCGUUGGACGCGAUCCCGCUGCGCGAGGCGGAGCGUGCGCAGCGCGUGGCGUUGGCGGUGACGGCUCGCGGCGGACACAUCGGGUUCCUGGAGGGGUGGUGGCCGGCGCGAGCGGCGCCGCAUCAGUACAUGAGCAGGUUGGCGGAGCAGUACUUCGCGGCGCUGCUGGCGCGGCCGGAGUUGCUGCACGCGGCGCCGGCGCCGACGCCCUGACCUCUCCUGGCCGCCGCUCGUAUUGUGAUACGAGGGCAUGCGCGGGCGCAGCGGGGGUGGUGCGCAGGCGAGCUGCAGCUCUGCGUCGUCUCGCUUCACGAGAUAACUCUGCAACUAGUAUUAUUAGUUGUAAACGUUAGAUAUUUUGUUGCAUUUUAAGAUGUUUAUACUGUUUCGGUUGUGGCGCACGAGGUUGUACAAAAAGAGUUUUAUUUCUGUUAGCGAUCUUUACACACUCGCCGUAGGUCUUGUUCGUGCUGCUUAGUCAAUGCUACUUUAGAAGCGACGCAGCACACGUCUAAUUGAACCCACGCGUAUUUAUUGUUAUUUCCUAUAAGUGGAUAAUUGGACAAUAAAGUACAUAUAAGUGGAUAAGGUAGUUCCUAUGUCGGGUUGGUUGUAUCAUGUUGUGUGUAGUAAGAUAUUGUAUAUCGAAUUUACCGACCAGCAAUCAAUGUUAAUAAUAUAUCUAUUGUUUGUAAAAUUCCCAAUGUCAUGACAUUAGAAGGAAUAUUUAAAAAAUAAGGAGAGAUGUUAUUAGACCAAAGAAAGCAGAGGGUUUGGUGACGUCGCGCUGUGACGCUUGAUGCCGAGUGUGUAAAGUGGACGGUUCUUAAGGGUCACUACGACACAAAUGGCGGCAAAGAGAAUUCAUUCGACAGCAAUUUUAUUCAGAUGCUAUCUUACGUAUAAAGCUUUUAAUUACUUUGAAGGAAAAAUACAUCUGCCGUAGUAGUCUGCGAAGCAUGAUUCAUUUGACUAGAUAUCAUCAUUUAUAUUAGCCUAAUUCGAAUGAGCAUAAAGCUGAUAUUCACUUGUUAUCGAAUAUUUCUCCGCCGCCACUCGUCAUCACUGACCCUAAAGGGCCGGGCUAUGUUGUUGUUUCUGAAUUAUUACCGUUGUGUACAGACGCACACGAGUGUUUAUACGAUGUUGUGUCGCGCUGCGGCCGACGCGACACGACGCUGUUGCCGUGGAAACCACUGACGAGAGCGUCGUGUCGUCUCGAGGCUACAAACGUAUGACAACGAUGAUGGUGCACUUAGUUUAUAUAAUGUUAACGAACAAUUUAGAUUCUAGUUAUAUACACACACACGGCUGUUUAUAUAUUAUAUUUAUUAUGACAUUAAAAAAAAUUAAAGACGUCGUAGCUCAUUUUCAUAUCAAUGUAAGUGACGAGAUCGUAUCAUUAGGUGACAAUGGUUUUUUACAAAUGUUGCGCUUGUGAUUUAACGUAAUUAUACAUGUAUAUACAUAUAGUGCGCGACCGCGCAUGCCGCGCCGGUCGCCGAACACGUGCUGUUUCCGCUGUGAUAAUAGUUAGUUAUAAUGUUGCACGCGAGCGCACGCAACGCCGCGGGGCGAGGGCGAGGCGUCAGCACCUGCAGGCGGUCAGCACGCGUCCAGGUCGUAGCCCAGCGCGCGACAGAAGGCGGCCACCACUUGCUCGGCGCGGUCGAGCCGCGCGGCGUCGCCGUGUCGCGAGUCGCGCGCCGCCUCCAGCGCGCCGAGCGCCGCCACGAACGCCUCCGCGCGCUCCACCGACUCCUCCUCCGUGCCCGCCGAGCCCGCAGAGCCCUCCGAUGACUCUGACGAUGUCCGACCUGUACAGAUAGUCGACAUUAAUGUCGUUCGUGUCGCAAAUGUUAGUUACGUCAUCUCUGUAAUGAUUACGCAUUUGUAUUUUUUUCUGCUCUUAUGUCGCGCGAAAGUAACACAUCUAAUUUGCUAAAAUAAUGCGAAAUCAAUGUGCAAAGAUGAUACGUAAGUGUAACGACACGCGACGGACGAUACGUCAGAAACGGGCUGCUCGUGUGCGCGCUUCGACCGUCCAGUCGAUGGACGCCUACGGCACGGUACCGUCAGAGUAACAUCGGCCACGAUUCACUUUUAAUUGUAAUUUAAAGAAUAAAUAUCGAUUGUUAUAUUUUAUA